UCCACUGUAAACGUGAAAGUUGCAGUUAGCUACGGAAACAAGCUGGUGGCUAAAAGCAACUUUCACGUUCUGGAAUUAAAAGGAAAUAGUGUAAACGUUAUAAUUGUAAUUUAUGGAGAGAGCUUUGGUAUUUUAGUCACGCUUGGUCUUAAUUAGAAGCGGUAACGAGCUAACUCGCGUUAGCAUUAGCUCCAGGAUGUGGAGAUGUUUACACCAAGUUUCACAGCGGAGCAGCAGAGAGAGCUGGCCAAGAAACUCACCACCUUUCUGUCUCAGUACAGCCACCUGUCCGACUCCUACAUAAUUGAGUUCUUCACAGAAGAUCUGUGGCACACAUUACCCAGUAGCUGGCAGCCUGUGCUGCAGGACCUGUCAUAUCCACAGAUUGCAGACCUAUUGCUGGAUGCCACCAAUGAAGACAGGAGAUAUCCUUUGGUGUGGCCUCUGUCUCUCUUGGCUUUCCGUGCCACAGCUCAUGCCCUGGCAUUUCCCAGAGAGAGCAGGAGUGAGGGACAGAGGGUGUUGGGGUCAGUGAAGCCUGAGGAGUUCCUGGAAAAUCGUAGUCAGAGCUCCUUGCUGGGGCACAUUUUCAGAAAGCACGUUAAACCCAAGAAACAGCAUGAGAUCCGCAAGCUCGGCAUGCUGGUAAAACAACUUUGUGACCAGACUGACUGCAACAGAGUGGUGGAUGUGGGCUCUGGGCAGGGUCAUCUGACUCGUUUCCUGUCCUUUGGUCUUGGGCUUUCUGUGACUGCUAUUGAAGCUGAUCAAACCCUAGUUACCAUGGCAUCCAAGUUUGAUGGACAGUUACUGUGGGCAUUGGAGAAGGAGAAGCAGAAAAAGAAUUUGUCCACUCAGGUUCCUGCACACUCCUCUCCUCACCAUGUCGCAGGUUGGGUAAACCCCAAGGCAUCAUGGGAGUCUUUCAUCAGGCAGCUAAAAGCUGCAGAUUGUGUCAGUGAAGGUCCCCAAACUCCAUCUGGACCCAGCAAAAAGAAACUGCGGGGCUCUGAGCAACAGGGAAGCUUCCAUGUAAUCCAGACUUCUUAUGCUCACUCUGAUGCUAAAUCUCAAGAGUCUGAACUGUCAAAGCAACAAAAGUCAAACAAGAAGUCUGAAGAGGAGUUAGCUGAUGAAAACUGCUGCUCAUGCACUCAGUCUGUCUAUCAGGAGGGGGUAAACUCUGAGGUAGUCAGGUUGCAAGGCUAUCCAGACUUUGUCCUGACUGGUCUCCAUGCCUGCGGUGACCUCAGUGCCACCCUCCUUCGCCAUUUUGUCAACUGCCCGUAUGUGCGCGGCAUCACCUCAGUGGCAUGCUGUUACAUGAAAAUCACCACCAAAGAAAACCCCACCCCUCCGGGGCUGGUCAUACCACCCACUCCACCAACAUCAAGUCAGGAGUCAGUUUGCUCAGAGUUUGGGUACCCAAUGAGCUCCUGGGUGUGGGGGCUGCCGGGACAUCAGUUAUCCUAUAAGGCCCGAGAGGGCGCAUGUCACGCUGUGGAGGACUAUGUGCGGAGACUCAGGGAAGGAAGCGAGUUACUCAGGACGCACUGUUACAGAGCGAUGCUUGAGACUUUCAUCAGAGACACGAGGCCAGAUCUUCGCAGGGCAGGAAUCCAGACCAUCAAGAAAUCACACUUGUUACCUUUUACAGAAUAUGCCCGUUUGGGUCUGGCUCGGGUCAGCCUGCCUCCUGAGUUGCCCCUGGACCCAGUAAGAGUGGAGACCAUGUUGAAGGAGCAGGGCAGGGUGGUGGUGUACUUCAGCCUGACCCUACUGCUCGCCCCUGUGGUGGAGACGAUGGUGCUUCUGGACAGGAUGAUCUACCUCCAGGAGAAUGGUGUGGACAGUCAGCUAGUUCCUCUCUUCAACCCAAACUUCUCUCCAAGAAACUUUGUGCUGGUGGCUCUGAAACCUUGUUGAACUUGACGGGAAAAGGGAAUCCCACUUCAUCAUUUUUUUUUUGUUUGUUUUUAGGGAUUUAAAAAAAUGAAUUUUAAGAAAGGUUUUAAGCUUUUAUACUGCCUGAACAUCAUGAUCCUGUCAUAAUACAUGUCUUACUAGUUAUCACUCAAAGUCUUUAUGACAGCUCAGACAUGCAUGUUUGUGGCUUCAGUUUUCUUUGCAUGGUUUGGUUUUUGUAUACACAAAGAAUGUGUUUGUGGUUUUCCAUGUUUUAUUAUUACUAUUAUUACUUCUGCCAUUUUUGUAAAGGACAAAGGGAACAUCCUAUUUUAUAUACAGCCAUCCAUUUUCUUCUGCUUAUCCAAUUCAGUGUCUUGGAGGGGGGGGUGGAGCCUAUCCAGCUAUCAUGGGGUACACUUUGGACAGUCUAUAGCAGGGAAUAGAGAAUAGAAUAGAAUGCCUUUAUUGUUAUUAUACAGGAUGUACAAUGAGAUUGGAGGGCCACUCCUGUUCAGUGCCAUGCAAUAGAAAGUCAAAAAUAGAGAAAGACACUCGCAUUCACAACUGUGGCCAAUUUAGAGCUGCUAAUUGGACUGUGGGAGAGAGCCCACACAAGCAUGCGGAGAACAUGCAGACUCCGCAAAGCUGGCCAGUGUGUACCUUAUAGGAAUAAAUAAAACCUGUGCUUUCAGUAUUAGUGGGAGCAGUUCAUUGUUUUGUAUACCCAUACAGUGUGUCAUGUCUUUCUGCUGAUGAUGAAUG